UCGGGAGUGAGCACCAGCACUACAUUUGUUUGGGCGAGCCGCAUCACUGUGCCAGCUUUUGCCACGUCACUCCUCUACCGCUACUGCUGGAGCCUGUCUCCAUCACUUGCAGAUGCUAUUGCUAUCUCCAAGUCUAUAACACAGCAUAAAACCAGUCUUGACAUCUGCGGAGACCAGCUGACGCGAAGCAAGACGCAAACUGCUUGAAAAUGUUGACGUCGACCUGCCAGCUCGCCCUUGCGCGAGGUGUUCCCCCAGACACAGCAGCAACUCUCUCUGGCAGCAUCGUUGCUGACUCGUGGCGGGAGUCAGGAGGAGCUGUCUGCUUGUGUCCCCACGGACGAAAAGCCGGGUCUCAUGUACCAUGGUGGUUGGUCGCGUCGGCAAGGCUGAGGCUGAGGCUGAGUAGAUCCCACACUGGACUGUAUUCUUCCAGCAGUACUGGUCCUUUCGGCAGAACCAAGUCGUUGUUAUGGCCGUCAGCUAAGGUGGGCCCAGUUCCGAAUGGUCCCACCUUGGAGAAGAAACGGGAAAGUUCGCCACUGUGUUGCUGUACCAGGUGUGGAGACUUUGAAGGACCAACAAGGUUCCAACGCUGUCUGUAUAAGACACGUUGCAAAAGCUUUGACAUCGACUCCCAGUCGCGGUCAAGGCCACUGUUACCUUGUCGCCAAGUGAGGGCGUCGUGUUCGCAUCAGGAUGAUAAGGUCGGCAGCUCACUGGAAAUGAGUGAUGUUGAAGACGAAGAUGAAGGCGACUAUGACGGCGUAGUACUAUCGUCUGUCGAUGAGCUCGAUCUUGAAGCGCAGUUUACUGUUGAGCAGCAUAAGCGAGAUCUCUUGCGCAGCUUCGAAGAAGAUGAUAAAGAGCAAAUCGACGAUACGAGACGAAGGGGACGGAAAGGGGACCGGAAGGGGAGGAGUCAACAACAUCGAGAUGAAGGCGGAGGUGGAAUGCAGAUCCCAGAGCGUUUGCUUCCACGGGUAGCAAUUGUAGGGCGACCAAAUGUGGGCAAAUCGGCACUAUUCAACCGGAUUGUCGGGGGCAACCAAGCAAUUGUCCAUAAUGAGCCGGGGGUGACAAGGGAUCGCUUAUACCGCCGUGCAUUUUGGGGAUCGCACGAAUUCCUCGUCGUUGACACUGGUGGAAUCAUCAACACAGACGUAGCGGAGGAGGGUGUGGCGGUUGGAAUCAAGGGCGGGAACGACACCCUCGUGGCUGCGGUUAGAGAUGCUUCAAGGUCAGGUCUUCCUUCAAUGAUCGAAAAGCAUGUGGCAAUCGCUGUGGAAGAAGCAGCGGCAGUGAUUAUGGUGGUUGAUGGGCAGGCCGGUUUGAUUGGCUCCGACAUAGAGAUUGCUUCGUGGUUGCGUCGGAAACACCCUGGCAAGCAUGUGACGCUUGGCGUCAACAAAUGUGAAUCCCCAACGAAGGGAUUACUGCAGUGUACGGAAUUCUGGUCGCUCGGCUGGACACCAUUUCCAGUCUCAGCAAUCACGGGGAGCGGCACUGGGGAUUUUCUUGACGACUUGUGCUCAGGCCUCGUCAAGCAGGAAAUUCUGGAGGGAGCGGAUGCGGGUCAGGAUAGCGAAGACGAGGACAGGCCACUGGGGAUUGCAAUUGUUGGCCGACCAAAUGUCGGGAAGAGCAGCAUUAUGAAUGCGAUAUUGGGAGAGGAGAGAACGAUCGUCAGUGCAAUGAGCGGAACAACGAGGGAUGCCAUUGAUAUGGAAUUCACAUCUACGGAUGGCAAGUCAUAUCGGCUGAUAGACACAGCAGGCAUAAGACGAAGAGCGGCUGUGGCGACCGCAAAGAGCAGAGCCGAGGCUCUCUCCAUUCAGAGGGCAUUUCGCGCCGUGCGAAGAGCGGACGUUGUUGCACUGAUCAUUGAUGCGAAAGAAGGGGUCACGGAGCAGGAUGGCAGGCUUGCGAAUCGAAUCGAACAAGAGGGAAAGGCUUGUGUCAUCGUCAUGAAUAAAUGGGACACUGUGCCCGACAAAAACUCCAAUACGAUCAACCGGUACACUGACGCUGUCAGACUACAUCUGUCGCAGCUGGACUGGGCACCCAUCGUGUACACGAGUGCAACGAGCAAUCAGCGAAUACCGAGGAUUCUAGAGGCAGCAGACCAAGUUGGUGCCGAGAGGUGCAAACGUCUCACGACAGCAACGCUGAACGCAAUUACGCAAGAAGCAUAUGCAUUCAAGCAGCCUCCAACGAUGGCCGGGAAGAAAGGACGCAUUUACUACUGCACGCAGGCCGCGAUUCGCCCACCGACGUUUGUGUUCUUUGUGAACGACUCCCAACUUUUUCCAGAUGCGUAUCGAAAAUAUAUGGAGAAACAACUGCGCGCGAAUGUCGGAUACCAUGGCACACCGAUACGGCUGUUGUGGCGAAGCAAGCGUCGUGAUCCCGAUCGGAUAGCAGCAAGAAGUCGUGCAGCUGCACGGAGUUAGAAAGAGCAUAGACCUCCAGAGGUCUUUGCAGCGGCAUGGAGUUCGAGAGAACAUAGACCUCCAGAAGCUGCGUAGCGGCACGGAGUCGAGAGCAUAGACCUGUGACUCAUACGAAGAGGAGAACCUCUCCAAGAUGAAACCCUGCAAAAGACCAAAAACAAAACAAAAAAGGAAAAAAGUGGUUUGCCUGUCCCACUAGUCGAGUGGGGGUAGAGUGGGGUGGGUUCUUGCCCCUUCCGACAAAUGCAAUGAGAAGGAUGGGGUGAUAAGAUAGACAAGCAGGCUCAGCGAAAUCCAACGUCGGGGCAGUCGUGCAUCAUCAAUCGGUUGUGGUAUUAUGGGGGGUCAAAUGAAAUCCAACCUGAGGGCAUACUCACACUAGGACUUUCUUAAAUGUUGCAGUCAGACAUGGAUGAAUCUGACUUCCAAGACAUCCACAUCCAAAGCUUAUUAGAAAAAGUCCUAAUGUGAAAGCCAUGCCCUGAUUAUGGCAUGUAUAUGGGUCACCUCUGCGCGUUUGCGUGUCUUUUCUGCUCAUAUGCUUCAGUUUCU